GAGAGGGAGAGAGAGAGAGAGAGGAGGGAAGAUGAGGGGAGUUGGGGGUCCGUUAUUGUGCAUCAGCGAUCUGCUAAGCGACGUCGGCGAAGAAAGCUCCGGCGGCCCCCACGAUCACGCCUCGCCGCCUGACGCCGCCGACUUUUCUAAACUCCCGGCGUCUGAAAUUCCCAAGCUAUUCCAGGAAAAUUUCAAUGAACUGAAAGGGGCACUUGAGGGUGAUGAUCACUCAUGGACUGCUCUAACGCUCAAGCUGUGUGCUGCACUGGAAACUGCAAACAAGUUGGUUGAUUCUACUGAUUCCCAUGUCGCCUCCUUGUCCGAAAAGGUUGAGGAGCUGGAACGAAUUGUCACUCGGAGAGAUUCUGCCAUAGCAGAAGCCAAAGCUAUCCAAGAUUCUCCUAGAGUAUGAGAGGCAGCUUCGGCUAAGGGUAAGGAUUUAGCUUUAGGGAUGGAUAAUCAUAGCCUAUUUGUGUGUUAAUGUCCAUGAUGAAAUCAAAGGGAUAUUUACAUAAAUCACAUCUGAUUCUAUCUCUUGGUUUUGAGCA